GCGCCGAGCGGAACGGCCUCUGGUGACAUUUUCUCCGGGCGGCUCGGACGAGUGAAGGGACUUGGCGGUGGAGGCUGCGGAGGCGGCGAGAUUCGCUUUGGCCCCGGUGGGGCUCUGACCGCGACCCCCUGCUCGCCGCCGGGGCUUGUGCCGAGGAAGAGAAGGCGGCGGUGGCCGUAACGUUCAGAGUCGCCGCGGCCCGGAGAGACCCGGCCCGGGGGGGUCGGUGUGUGCCCCGACGGGGCGCGCGGAGCGGGCGAGGAGGUGCGGGGCCGCCGCGGAGCGCAGGUUGCUUUCCCGUUGCAUCUUUGACGUAGUUUCCUAGACUCUGCUCCAUGAUUUAACUUGAAAGUCUGAAAUGAAGAUGGAGGAGGCAGUGGGAAAAGUUGAAGAACUCAUUGAGACUGAAGUCCCACCAAAAACAUCUGAACAAGAGACAGCUAAGGAGGAAGAUGGAUCUGUAGAACUGGAAUCUCAAGUUCCGAAAGAUGGUGUGGCAGAUUCUACAGUUCUUUCUUCAAUGCCCUGCUUGUUGAUGGAACUGAGAAGGGACUCUUCUGAGUCUCAGUUAGCAUCCACGGAGAGUGACAAGCCGACAGCUGGUCGAGUUUAUGAGAGUGACUCCUCUAACCACUGCAUGCUUUCCCCUUCCUCUAGUGGUCACCUGGCCGAUUCAGAUACACUGUCUUCUGCAGAGGAGAAUGAACCCUCCCAGGCAGAAACAGCAGUAGAAGGAGACCCUUCCGGAGUGUCUGGUGCCACAGUUGGGCGCAAGUCUCGCCGGUCCCGAUCUGAAAGUGAAACAUCCACCAUGGCUGCCAAGAAAAACCGGCAAUCCAGUGAUAAACAGAAUGGCCGAGUCACCAAGGUUAAAGGUCAUCGGAGCCAAAAGCACAAGGAGAGAAUCAGGCUACUGAGGCAGAAACGGGAGGCUGCUGCACGAAAGAAAUAUAACUUGUUGCAGGACAGUAGUACCAGUGAUAGUGACCUGACUUGUGACUCAAGCACGAGCUCAUCAGAUGAUGAUGAAGAAGUUUCAGGGAGCAGCAAGACAAUCACUGCAGAGAUACCAGAUGGACCUCCAGUUGUAGCUCAUUAUGAUAUGUCUGACACCAGCUCUGAGCCAGAAGUGGUAAAUGUGGACAAUUUAUUGGCGGCUGCAGUAGUUCAAGAGCACAGUAAUUCUGUAGGAGGCCAGGACACAGGAGCUACCUGGAGGACCAGCGGGCUUCUAGAGGAGCUGAAUGCGGAGGCAGGUCAUUUGGAUCCAGGAUUCCUAGCAAGUGACAAAACAUCUGCUGGCAAUGCACCACUCAAUGAAGAAAUUAAUAUUGCUUCUUCAGAUAGUGAAGUGGAGAUUGUGGGAGUUCAGGAACAUGCAAGGUGUGUUCAUCCUCGAGGAGGUGUGAUUCAGAGUGUUUCUUCAUGGAAGCAUGGCUCUGGCACGCAGUAUGUUAGUACCCGGCAAACACAGUCAUGGACUGCUGUGACUCCCCAGCAGACUUGGGCGUCACCUGCAGAAGUUGUUGACCUUACAUUGGAUGAGGAUAGCAGACGUAAAUACCUACUGUAAUGCAAUGUCACUGUGUUUCCUCUGCACUGUUCCCUUCCACUUACUCCUCCUCCUCUUUGUGACAUGGAAGUUCAUUGUCAUAGCUUCAGCUUCAGAAGCUGUUUGUGGCAUUUGUAUAAUUGAAACUCAUGGAAAAUUGCCCCCUUCCCUUUUUUUUUUUUUAAAUUAAAAGAAGUCACUUAGGAAAGUAACUUAUCACAGAGAAAAGAAUUUCUUCUUGCCCUCAGUAGGAAUCUGAGAAUGAUGAAUUUUAUUAGACAACUUCAUUUUACUUGGUGACUUUCAAUCUUAGGAAACUGCCUUCCUUUUCGAAUGAUAUUUUAAUUACCAGGUGAAAUGGAUUUCAGUUUUUGAAUCUUGUAUUUAUUUUUCUGUGUAAUAAAAUUAAUAUGUAGACUUGACCACUGUCAGCCCACCCAUUGGCACUCCUACCUUAGGGCAUUUGCACACAUAUUAGUCAGGUCCUUUUUGGCACCUAGUAGGGCAUGUGCAUUGAAAACCUGUCCUUAAAAAUAGAAGACAGAAGUGUUACUUUUCUUUUAGCUUAAGUCUUCUGCCUUCUUUCCUGACUUUGCUCCUGGCUGAAUUCCUACAACACAAAUAAUUGACAUGACCCUUUGUGUUUAUAAAUACUGCUGAGGUGACUUAGUUGAUCUCCUUGUUGCAAUAAUUCAUAACUCUGGAAAAUAUCUCCUUGUGGGUCAGAGGCAUUUCAGAUAGGUACCCCACCGUGAGGUUUGGGCAUCUGAGGAGAGUAUUGAGAGAUCCCUUUUCUCCCCCUGGUUUGUUCAAAUAAUGGGAGAAACAUAGAACCUGUUACUUAGGUAGAAUAUGAAAAGUUGUGUGGCUUCUAAGGCUAUGGGCACUUGAAAAAUCUGAGAGGGCAGUGCCUUCUUCUGUAGCUGGUCUCUCCAUAAAGGAUGUAAUGACAACUGUUUGAUACUUGAGCUGAAGUUGACCUGUUGCUAUAUUUGGGUAUUUUUCUCCUCUACCUUCUAAAAGUGGAAAAUUCAGAAUACAUCCUAAGAAACCAGAUGCAAAACACAUGAAUGGCCCUGUAGGUUUUACGGUAUCUGACAGGAAUAACAAAGGGUAGUAGGAGCAUCAGGGAAUUCAGGAAAUGCCUGUGUUGGAGUUUUGUGGCAUUAGUUACUACCUUUUUUACUAUAACAUUGUAGUUACUAGUGAAUUAUUUUACAAGCAAUACCUAGAAUUAGAACACUAUGUACUGUGCACAGGGAGGAGUGAAGUAAUGCUGGCUUAGAAGACCUCACUUUUUGUUUUUCCACAGUUUUUGUCUGCUUUUUUGUUUGCUUUUGUUUCCAUUUUUACCAUAUAAUGGGGCUCUAGCCCUUUGCCUCCCUUCCCAAAUGCCUUGGUGGCUCUUCCUUAUCAUAAGAGCAUGAGAACUACCAUUUUCAGUUUCCACUCAGCGGACACACAUUUAUGCCAAGUACCUGUUCUGCCUAAGGCGCUGUGGUGGUGCUGUGGGGCUGCUGCGGAGAACAGGACACCCACCGCAUGUGCGUGCGUCCGGCUGCCUGGCUCCAGCUGCCUGGCCUUGUCUCCUGUGUGUGUAAAGACUCGCUUAUUCCUUUACCCUUCUUCCUGCUGCUUUAGUUCGUCCAUACACCUCUUCCAUGGGAGUGUAUUUAAGCAUGUGUUCUUUCACCUUCUCUGAUAACAUCGCAUUUGAUCUGGCCUCUGUUCUUCGUCAACUUUUUAUUUUCCUAUCAUUCUACUUUUAAUAGAUCAGGCUUUUAAAGAGAUCAUGAUUCUCCAGUUUUAGCACCUCAUGUCUCAAGUCUCUCACGUGACCACAAUUCUAGACAAAAACCAAAGACCCAGAGGCCAGAGCGAAAUAGGACCUUCUGCAGAUUCACUACUGGUGUAUCCUUGGACCUUCACAUUUUACUUUAGGAUUAAUUUAUUGAAUUUACUGUUACACGUUGUUUUUGACUUGAAUUAAAAUACUAGACAGAGCAGAAAUGUACAAUUUCUGGUCUAUAUUUUCCAGGAAAACCAUUGGGGCAAGAAUAGAGUGGAUUCUAUGACUUGAAGUUUUUGCAGCUUAUUAUCCCCCCACCAUCAGGGCAGAGCCCCAUUUUAAAGAACAUUUUUGCAUUACCUGUUCUUACGUUAGCAGUAUGUUUUGUCCAAUUCCGUAUAGCAGGGGAUUUCCCAGGGCAUAUUUUCUUAAGUCCCUAACAGUCAUCCUCUAACGAGAAUUCUUUGGGUGUGCUGUGUGCACUGUGGGUUGGGAGUGGAGAGCGGAGUUGUAACCAAGCUCUUUUCUGGCCUUUUGCUUUUAGAUUGGGUUACACUUUGCCCUCACCUGUCCCUUUUCCAGCACCCUAUCUGGCUUGAUUCACCAGAACAAAAAUUAAUAUGCAAAAAGCGGGGAGGGGAAGGGAUGGUAGAGAUAGCUUUUCUCCCUACUAGGUUGGGACUUUUCCACCUACUAACUAACUAUAGAGAGACUAUGUUUCAACUCUUCUUUCAUUGCCAGAUCCAGGAGAGUAGGGAUGUGGUUUCUGGCAAGGUAGUAAUGAUAAAAUUCUGUGGUAAAUUUAAAAUUCUGACAUUUAAAAUUUCUUUUAAGGGGGUCUUUUUUAACCAAAGUUUUGCAUUUGGUAGCAUAGACACUUUAUGCUUCACCGUCUCUUCCAAGUAAUAUCUCCACUAAAAUGGUACACUUGGGUCACAGAUUGGUGUAUGGCACUAACUUGGUUAAGUGCCCCCCUUCCCCCAAUUUGAAACCACAGAGCGAUAACUUAGCUAUUGCAUCAGUACACCAAUAUUGAUACGUAGCUAUUGCUCGCCAGUAGUAGUCUCUUCAUUUUGAUGGAAGGGGCCAGACUGAAUGGACUCCAUUAUUCGUAACAUUUAAGCAUCCCAUAAACUCUGCUUUUAUUAUUAUCAAUUGUGAAUAUGAACCAUCUGAUUUCCUAAUUUAGUCAAUUGUUCAUUGUUACUUUUAGCAGAUUAGCACCAUAGGCAAUUUAAAAAUGAAUUUGUUGCCUGCUUUUUAUACUGUGUCACAAGGUUUUCGAAAAAGCUGGGGACACAGUAUUGUCUUUCAGUUUAAAGGUUUUUUUUAAAGGCAAAGAGCUCCCCUCCAUCCCUGUUUUUCAGUAUGUGUAUGAUGUGACUUCCAUGUAUAUAUAAAAAUGAUUGCGCCCUAACCAAACUUCCUCAGAUUGUGCACUGUUUGUUUAAAAUAAUCACGUAUUUUAGUCCAAUGCUGUUGUACUUUUUCAUUUUAUUUAAAACACUACGUACUUCUUAUUCUUUUAACAAGUUUUAAAGGGUAGUGAUCUUAAAAAAAAAAUCACUGGAUAACUAGGAAAUAUUUUUGUUGUUUAAAGAGUACAAAGGUCAUUGAAGCCUUUUGCUCCUCUUACCGUGAAAAUGAAAUGUUAGCCAUUGUAUGGCUAGGAACCAAUGCACUUGGUGGUUAACAGAUCUGCUGUUGCUGGAGUGUGAGCGUGGACUUGAUGCAGUGACGACAAAUCAUUGCUUAGAAUUAAUGUUUUAAAAUGUGUGACUCUAGUUUUUAAGACAAAAUUUGGUUCUUCUUUACAUUCAUUAUUUAGUUUUUGUUUCCAAUUAGUAUUUAAUGGUCUUUGGAGAAAAAAAAUAAUAAAACAGAGUGUUAUAU